GUGGGCGUCGGCAGCUCUCCUGUCUAUCUAGCAGUCUAUAACGACUUUAACUAUUUAUUACAUUUAGAAAUCUAGAUCCAGAUCUACUAUCUUCUCUACAUCUACACUACUCUAGACUUUAGAUCAGUAGCCCUACAGUAGUACAGUACUAUACUAAGAUCUAUUUUAGAGCUUAAGCUCUAGCUAAAUUAUUUCACAUUUAUUAAUUUGAAUAAUUAUAAUAAGAAUGAAGCCAGCAUACAGAGUUCCUGUCUAUAUUUUUUUGCUGUCACAGACGUCAUGGCUGGUAUCUUUCGGAAUAAAUAAAUUGAAUUUGAUGAAAGAACAGGUCGCAAUUUUUAUAGCCGGCAUAACUGUUUUAACAGCAGUAACCAUUGUCCCCUAUUUCCUUCUCAAAAGGUACUUUAAGCGGACUGAUCCAUUAGUAUUAAUGCUGUCUGUGUUUUGCUGGUCAACUAUGAUUGACCUUGGCAUUGGACUAGAAAUAGAUGGCAUUAUUUCCAACUUUAUGGCAUUUUACUUUAUUGAGGGUGAGCCUUAUUUAUACACUGCUUAUGGUGCACAAGUUUGCUAUUGGGAUGGCAUUGUUCAUUUUCUUCUCCAGUUUUCUGUCAUAGUUUUAUAUUGCCAGAACCGCAGUUAUCGAGACAUAGCCUUAUAUUGGGUUGGAUCCAUCCUCAAUAGUAUGAUUGUACUUCUGCCAGGAGCCAUAACAGGUAAAGAUCCAUUUAAACUUUCUAUACUUCUCAAUACUCCCUAUAUAAUUCUGCCACUGCUUGCUGGAUUUAAGCUAUUACAUGAACGUCCUAAUCAAACUACUUCUAUAAGCAAGUUUAACUCCAUCAGGCAACGCCCAAUUGAUUUCCUUUUUUUCCUGUACUUCGUUGGAGCUAUACUCUUCUCACUUUUCCGUGGACUUGUUGUAAUGGGUGGUAAUGCUGAGUUAAUGAAGGAAUUUACAAAAACAUAUGAGCCAUAUUUGUUAGAUGUAUCCAAUUUCCCUAAAUUCCAGAUGCUUGCCUAUGGAUACUUCUAUGUCGUUUACUACUUGAGUGCUGCCUAUGCAUUACUUUAUCCAGGGCAAAAUUGGAUGACUGAUUGGUCAAUUAUUCAUGCAGGUGCAGCUGCUCAGGGUCAGUUCUCUUACAUGGCAGCAUCAUUUCAUCAUAGAACUCCAGCCUCACUGAGGCCACCUACCACAGGGUACCCAGCUUUUAUAUAUUGGACAACAAACUUGAUGUUUUGUAUAGUUCCUCAUCUGUUUGUGUGGUGGUGCAAACAGAAUGAAGAUAUGUAUGGUCACAAGUCUCGUGGGAAGGAAAAAAAACACAAAAUAAUUGGCUCACCUAAGAAAGUUAAAUAAAUAUAGAUGAAGCACAGUUGAGUAUGAACAUAUAUAAAUACUAUUGUGAAGCUAAGUGCUGAGAUUGUGAAUUUAUAUUUGUAAUUUUUAAAUUAUGAAAAGUAUUUGUUUUUACAUCUCUUAUAAUUUUAACUAUUUAACUAGUUUCUAUCAAAUAUUUU